CCAAUAGCUUGCGUUGGUUUGUCUGGAAGCACUAUCCUUGGGAGUCAUUGCCAGAAAAUUUUGAACCCAAAAGGCUUGUUCAUCUUGAUUUCUGGUCCAGUUCACUGCGUCAUUUAUGGAUGGGAAGAAAGCAUUUGAAGUAUCUACGAAAGCUACAUCUCAGCGUCUCUACAAGCCUGAUAUGCACACCAGAUUUCACGGGGAUGCCAAAUUUGGAGUAUUUGGAUCUGGAGAAAUGUAGUAAUCUUGAAGAGGUUCACCAUUCCUUGGGAUGUUCCAGAAAACUCAUUCAGUUGAAUUUGAAUUAUUGUAGACGUCUUAAGAAGUUUCCAUGUGUCAACGUGGAAUCUCUCAAAUAUCUCUAUCUACAUGAUUGCUGUAGUUUAGAAAAGUUUCCGGAAAUCAUAGGAAGAAUGAAGCUGGAGUUAGAGAUUGACAUGGGAUACUCUGAGAUAAGGGAACUACCAUCAUAUAUUCAGUUACAAACUCAUAUUACCAAACUAGAUUUGAGCUGUUUAGAAGACCUUGUAGCUCUUCCAAGCUGCAUAGGUAUGUUGAAAAGCUUGGUGAAGCUAGAUGUAUCGGAUUGCGCAAAACUUGAAAUGUUGCCUGAAGAGAUAGGGGAUUUAGAAAACUUGGAGAAGCUUGAUGCCAGACAUACUCUAAUUUCAUGACCUCCAUCUUCUAUUGUGCGCUUGGACAAACUUAAAUUCCUGAGUUUUGGACAGUUAGAAUCAGAAGAAGGCCAAGUUGCAGGUUACUUUGUGUUCCCUCCGGUGAACAGAGGUUUACGCUCAUUGGAAGAUCUGGAUCUCAGUUUUUGCAAUGUAAUAGAUGGAGGACUUCCAGAAGACAUUGGAUGCUUAUCCUCUUUGAAAGCGUUGUAUCUCAGGGGAAAUAAUUUUGAGCAUUUGCCUCCAAGUAUAGCCCAACUUGGUGCUCUUCGAUCCUUGGACUUAACAAAUUGCAAGAGCCUAAAAGAGUUGCCGGAUUUCGUAGGGAUGCCAAAUUUGGACACUUUGAAUCUGUCAAAUUGUCUAAAUCUUGAAGAGGUUCAUCAUUCCCUAGGAUUUUUUAGAAAGCUCUGUACAUUAGAUUUGACUAAUUGUAAAUGCCUUAAGAGGUUUCCAGCUCUGUGCAUCGAUUCCCUUAAAUAUUUGUAUCUACACGAGUGCUCCAAUUUAGAAAGUUUUCCAGAAAUCCUGGGAAGCAUGAAAUUUGAGUUAGAAAUUCACAUGCUCGACAGUGUGACAAGGGAUCUAGAUUUGAGAGGUUUAGAAAACCUUGUAAGACUUCCCAGCAGCAUUUGUAAGUUGAAAAGUUUAGUCAAUCUAGAUGUAUCAGGUUGCUCAAAGCUUGUAAGCUUUCCAGAAGCUAUAGGGGAU